CCCCCCCCCCCCCCCAGAGCUAGUGGCACACCAUUGCAAAGGAAGACCGUAACCCUGGAUGAAAGCCCUGUCUUGAGGGGGAGAGUUUGUGAAGCCUGCAGGGUGCUUGUAUCUUCCUCAGCCCUUCUUAGCUUGUCAAACUUUGACCAGCCGACAGCUAGUUUGCUUUGUUGGACAUGUAGAUGCUGCUAACGGGGUUUUUGUGCCCAUUUAGGAAGACCAUCUAGUUGUGACACUUAUAGCUCAGAGGACGGCCCAUCCAUGGAGGGUCUCGAGCAGCUUGACAUGGUGGGCGAUAUCAGCCCCGCUCUUGAGGCCACUGAGGACUUCAUCCACUGCAUGGACCGGAUUCAAGGCCAAGGGCCGAGCCAAGCUCAAACAGGGACCCUCCAGCCUUCCAGGCAGCCUAAGCAGCUGCAGGAAGUAUCCAGCGCCGCACUGGGGAAGCUGAGCUCCAGCGGUGUGUGGAGCCUGCUGGCUGGAGAGCAGCCAGAGGUCGGGCCUCUAGGCCUGGCCUGGGCUGACAACUUCAGCGUGUUGGGGCUGGGAAUGGGCUUGAGGCAUGGCAAGAGAAGCCGAGCCCGUUCCACCAACGACCUUGCAGCCCACACCAAGGAGUGCACCAACAACACCGCCAAUUCCUCGUCCAGCGCAGCCUUUAAGAAGGGACACAACCGGUCCAGGUCAGACGUCAACUACCGGCCGUCUGCAUACACAGACAACGGACUGCCCACUGUGGACUGCAACACUCUGAAGAACAUGAUCCUCAACCACCAGCAGGAUGUUGAUAAAAGCAGCAGUAGCAGCAGCGUGGUGAAGCAGGGUGCGAUGGAGCAGCGUGAGGGGCCCCGGGGCCGAUGGACACCCUGCCACGUUGAGCUGACACCCUGUGAGCUCCGGCUGUACACUCUGGACAGCAGCGCCAACCGCCAGCUGGGCACCGCCUACUCUCUGUCACACUGCCAGAGCGUCAUCUCCCCGGCACCCAGCAGCCAGCCAGGCCAGAUCACCCAGCCCGCCGAUCAACGCACGCUCCAGGCUUUGUUCUUCAACAGCACGCGUCUUCAGCUGAGGGCAGCCAACCAAUGGGAGGCCAUGGAGUGGAGGCGGCUGAUGUGGGAGAAGGUGCAGGCGGCCAGAAAUGUGAGGCAGGAGAACCACCAGCGUAAGACCGGAGUGGAAAAGCAACAGGUCGUCAAGUUUCCUGCACCCAUGUCACCUUCCUCGUCGCCCUCUCCAUCAGGGCUCGACACCAGGCCUGAUGGUGACAGCGACACUCCCACCUCAGCAGAGGCGUCACUCUCUCUCCAGCCUAGUUCUGGCGUCCUGAGCAGACCCACCACCCUGCCUCUGUUCACCCAACGCUGCCAGGACAUCCUCAUAGCUGGUCUGCUCCACCAGCUGAUGGAUCAGAACAACUGGCGGGCCUUUACCUUCGUCUUGACCAGAUCUGCUCUCCGGGCCUUCCCUACUGAGGGCCGUGGGUCUGUGUCGCAGCCUGUCCUCCAGUACUCCCUGGCUUCCUGCUUGGCCGUUCAGCACGAUCAGGAGCCAGAGAACGGAGAGCCGUGGACAGAUAGAGGGGACUGCUUCCAGGUCGUUUUCCCCAAAGUGGUAGUCAGACUUAGAGCGGAUGAUCAGCUCAAAGCCCAGGAGUGGGUGGAGGCCCUGCGGGAGGCGGCCAGAGCGCAGAGGCCUGCCCAAGAAGAAGGGGGGGAGUCAGGAGAAGGCGCUCCAGGCCUCCAGGGAGUGCUGCUGAGAUCAAAACCAACCAGGGAUAGGAGACAGCGGGAGGCUCAGAGAGCCAAGCGGCAGUCAGUCACCACCAGUUUCCUCAGUAUACUCACCUGCUUGGCUGUGGAGAAGGGGCUCACUGCUCAGAGCUUCAGGUGUGCAGGUUGUCAACGUCCAAUCGGUCUUUCCAGAGGCAAGGCAAAGGUCUGCUACUACAGCGGCUGGUACUACUGCCAGAGCUGCCAUCAGGACAACUCCUUCCUCAUCCCGGCACGCUUGCUGCACAACUGGGACACCAGCAAGCACAAGGUGUCCAAACAGGCCAAGGAGUUCCUUGAGUUUGUGUAUGAGGAGCCUCUGCUGGACGUCCAGCAGCUCAACCCUUGUCUGUAUGAGCACUGUGAGCCUCUCAGCAUUGUGCUGCGUCUCCGUCAGCAGCUCCAGUCACUGCGGGCCUACCUGUUCAGCUGCCGAGCAACUGUUGCUGAAGACCUCAGACGAAGGAUCUUCCCCAGGGAAUACCUGCUACAGCACAUCCACCUAUACUCCAUGGCUGACCUGCAGCAGAUACGUGAAGAGAUAAAACUAUCCAGGAAAAAACAAAAAAAAGUGACCCAGUUGAUCCUGAACACCCAUCAGAGCACGGAGAGAUCUGCCAGCGGCCUCCUGGUGAUUGAUGGAAAACUGGCUCCCUUCUUGUCCAAGGUGAUCAAGUUUGCCAGUUCCCAUGUUUUCAGCUGCAGUUUGUGUCGAGAGAAAGGCUUCAUCUGUGAGCUCUGCCAAAACGGGCAGGUCAUCUACCCCUUUCAGGAGAGCGCCACAAAGAGGUGUGACGGCUGUGGCGCUGUGUUCCACGCAGAGUGUCGACAGAAAGCUCAGCCGUGUCCUCGCUGCGUUCGCCGAGAACUCCACCACAAGAGGCCGUCCUCCUUCUGGUCACCUGACGACGACAGCCCCGGGUGCUUUCACCUGCCCUACCAAGACACCUGAGAUGCACACAAAAGCAGCAACAAUGAGGGCGCUGCCAGGCCAUGAUGCUGGACAAAGUGCCUGUUAUUCUGAUUUGUAUGCGAGACCAGAACAAAUUAUGUGACCAGAGGACGAACCCAGAGCGUCUGAUGCAUCGUCAGGUUUGUGUGUGUGUGUGUGUGUGUGUGUGUGUGUGUGUGUGUGUACCGUUUAACACACGCACACACCUGUGCUAAGCCCCCUUUGUUUUACUGUAAAGAGCAGGGAGCAAACCAACUGAAGAACUGCUGCAUCAGGCUUUUUGGACUGAACUACUUGUAUUUUAGUGAAACAUCACACUUCAAGGUCAUCCUCGGCCGUCUUCAUCCCUUUGCCACAUCACUUUCACUUAUUCAAGGGGUUAAAACUGUAAAAUCACAGCUGGAACAUUUUGGUGGUUUAUCAUUACCAGCGUCUUCCGCCUGCUAUUAAACUCGGUCAUGCUUAAGUUUAGUCAAUGACCAGAAGUUUGGUAAUUGAUUUAUUGAACCACCGAAACGUUCACUGAAUGUGAAGAUUAGCUUUUGGUUUUGAACUGUUGGUCAAACUAAAUAAGCAAACUGAAAAUGUCUCCUCUGCCUCUGGGAACAUGUGAUCUUUGUUUAGAGACUUAAAAAAUAGAUGAUUAAUACAUGAUGAAAAUAAUCAUUAGCCCUACUCAUGUUAAAUACUCUACCCCAAGCCAUUUCAGUAUGAAACUCACACACUGAAGCCUUGAAACAUGGCUGUAAAAUGUUUGUAGUCUUUACAGAGAACAGCAGCUGUUGUCAACUUGGAUUCAUGUCAGUUACAAUUAAUCAAAUAUUAAAGGGUACGUUCACAUGUUUUCAAGUCUCUUAAAACAGUAGCUAUGUGCUCAUGAGCAGUGAAACAGGUUUUACUUGCUGUAAUCUUCCCUCCUGUUCAUACUGUCCUUUAAAAGAUCCCUUUCUUAAGCGAUUUCAAUGUAAGUGAUGGGGACAAAAUCCAGACAUGGAGGCUUCAGUCUCAAGUCAGGUUUCCAUCCACAUAUAGCGCAAAUUUUAACUGACAAUCAGCAAGAGAAAAUGCAAAUGAAUGCAUCCACUACCAUUAUGUGAAUAUUCGAAGUUUAUGCUUUGAGCUGAAUCUCUAUUCAGGUGCCAUUAAAUAUUGCAGAAGAAGGCACAAUGAGAUGAUGCACCUCAUGAUUUAUUUUCAUUACACUUCCACUAACUUUUCCACCUCAGCCAAGCGUAAAACUAUUUGUGAUUUUUCAGCGUUUUCAUUAAGAUUUUUUUAAUGCACAAACUGAAAAUGUGCAUUGGAAACGCACCUUAGUCAGUCGUUGAGUAAUUCAGUUUGGUCAUUUUUCAAGCAAAAACGUCAAUCGUUUGUUUCCAGCUCUUUAAAUUUGAGAAUUACCUGCUUUUCCGUGUCUCCCUUUACAGUAAAGUUUUUAACUAUUGGUUUGACAGAAAAGUUAUUUGAAGACUUUAAACUUUAAGAAAUUGUGAUGCAUGUAAUUUUUUACUAGCGGUUAAUCUGUUCUACAAGUCAAAGAAAUGAAAAGAUACUAAAAUGAUUGUUACUUGCCCCAGUAAAGUUAUUUAGUGGUCAUUAUUCCACAACAGCGACAUCGCCCCUGUUUGUACAGCGUUACCCAGUCAGACCAGAAACUGCAGCUUCACUCUCAUAAGUUCCUGUGGAUGUUUGAUUGUUUUUAAUUUUUUAAUUAAAUCAACCGUGACAUUUUGUCGCCUUUUCAAAUCCAUCCAAACUGACCACAACUGCUGCUGUUUGUAUUUUAGAUUUUGCUUCUUCACAAACAUUAUACAGUCAUAUUGAAGUCCUCAGGAGGAGCAUUUGAUUUGAUUUUGGAUUCACUUGGGAUGUAACUGGAGCCAUUAGUUUGGGGUGUUUAACCAAAUAAUAAACAUAAUAAUUAUAAAUAUUA